AUGGUUUCUAUAUCUGAUUCGGUCAAAAAGGACCACAAAGAGCUGGAGGCAUUCCAUAACCAGAUAGUCAAUGCUGAUAAUGAUAUUAUCAAAACUAGGUUUCAAAACCAGUUUGUAUGGGAGUUGGCUCGCCAUUCUGCAGCUGAGGAGCUUCUGCUUUACCCAGCGUUGGAAAAACAUUUAGCAGAUGGUAAGGAGCGGGUAGAGAAGGAUCGCGAGCGGCAUCAGAAGACCAAGGAGCAGCUUAUGGAGUUCCAAUCCAUGAAGCCGACAGAUGCAAACUUCGAGCCGACAGUCAACUCUCUCAUGGACAAUCUGUCCACGCAUAUGAGAGAUGAGGAAGGAGACAAUCUCCCCGCUCUUGAGAAUGCUAUCAGCAAUGAGGAUAGUGAAGAACUCUCCAAAUCUUUCAAAAGAACAAAGAUGUUCGUUCCAACACGCUUGCACCCUGCAGCACCCAACCAGCCUGCCUUUGAGAGCGUCAUUGGAUUCAUGAUGGCCCCAAUUGAUAAACUUGCGGAUACCUUCCGCAGGAUCCCUUAA